AAAGCCAACUUUUGCCCUUUUUUGCCACGUGGAUCUCGUCUGCGCCGUCUGAUUGAACGUGCUAUGCCUCACUAGACCCUUCACUUCUGAAGUAAAACAUCACAAAGAACAACAAAACACCAUGAACUUUGACUCCGCUUUGACUAAAAUCGGUGAAUUCGGCCCUUACCAAAGAAUACAGUAUUUCAUAGUGAACACUGUUACCAUCCCCAUGUACUUUCAACUUCUUAUCAGUGUGUUUCUCGCCGCACAACCACAAUGGAAAUGCCUUGGACAGCCAAACGAGCCUCUUUGUAAACCAGACGGAACUGCUUGCUCUAAGUCUGUUUAUACGUCGAAUUUUACGAGUAUAGCGACAGAAUGGGGACUUAUUUGUGGCAAUACUUAUAAAAGUGAGGCAGCUCAGUCGGUGUACAUGGCUGGUGCGCUUGUAGGAGCACUCGCAGCAGGUUUGAUGUCAGAUAAAUACGGCAGACGGAUUGUAUGGUGUGUUUGUAUUAUCGCUAAUUGUAUAUUUGGAGUUCUCUCUGCUUUUUCGCCAAGUCUGUACUUAUUCUACGUAGUUCGCUUUUUUCACGGAAUUUUUAUCCAAGGAGGAACACUGGUUACGUUUGUCUUGGCUACGGAAAUGAUAGGGUCAUCUUAUCGAGCCGUGGCAGCAAUGAGCGUAUCAAUGUUUGCUGCAGUCAGCUUCGUUCUUCUUGCAUUGUUGGCCAACACUUUCAGGAACUGGCGCUCCUUGAUGAUUGUUUCUGUUGUCCCACAAAUCGUAUCUAUCUUUAGCAUGUACCUUGUGCCAGAGUCACCGCGAUGGCUUCUAUUUCAAGGGCGCGUACAAGAAGCCGAAGAUAUCAUCAAUGAAGCUGCAAGUGCAAACGGACUAUCGAUUCCAAAGAUAUCCCUCGAAAAAUCCGGUGGUCCCAAUGCAAAACCCGGUGGCACACCCGAAAACGUGUCGCUGUUGAGUCUCUUUAAAAGGAAAUCCAUUCGUUCCAUUACCAUGGUAAUGCUGAUAUCUUUCGUCGUCAAUGGAAUAGGAUAUUUUGGAAUAUCGAUGAGCGUUAGUCGACUGGGAGAAGACAUGCAUGUUAAUUUUGCCCUGUCGGGCUUAGUAGAGGUACCUUCGUACCUAGUUGGAGUCCCACUCCUUAAUCGCAUCGGCAGACAAAAGUCGAAUUUUGUUUUCACGUUCGGAGCUGCAAUAGCAUGCUGGUGGUGCAUGAGGCUUCAACAAGCAGAAGUUGUCAAUUCCAUGCUUGUCACGUGUGCAGCCUUAUUUGGCAAGUUCUGUGUUUCUGCAACAAAUGCAGUUUUAUAUACCUAUGCAGCCGAACUAUACCCGACUGUUGUUCGAAACAUGGCUCUUGGAGUACUGACAGUAUCAAGUCGUAUCGGCGCCAUAGCAGCACCAUUUAUAGUUCUUCUCGGCAACGAAAACAGGUCAACUCCAAUGUUUAUCAUCUCCAUAGUUACAUUAUCCGCCGCACUUCUGGGUCUGAAACUACCAGAAACCAAGGGCAAGCCGCUGCCACAGACGUUUGAUGAUUUGGUCCACAAAACCGUCUUUGUGGGAACAAGAAGACAAAUAUAUAUACCAAGUAGUUGACGUGACCUUUGAGCAGUUGGAUCCAGAUGGCGGCAAAAAAGGCAAAACUCCUGGUAUUUGUGAAAUAAGAGCCUUGACUUGGUGUCCGAACCGCGGAGUUAACGCAAAGAAGCGAAUUCCCAAGGGCUAAUCGUUAGAGGAAUUUCUUGUUUACGUUACGACCGCACCAGGACCCAGUUGUAUCCACUGGAUGAAGUAUUCAUCCUUCGCAUAGAGCUAUCCACCUUUCGUGCAACCAGGUCAAAGAGGUAUAAGUGCCAUCGACUUUCUUUCGUUUUCUCACUGGACUCUGAAGACUUCCGCUCAGGUUGUCGAAACGUCAGUUUCCACCAACAGUCUUUCUCAAAACUACACUCACUCAGACAAUCACACUUUCUGCAAAACAAAAUUCCUGUUGUUCAGAAGUGCAGGAUAAAUGCAGCAUAUGCAACUUAUGAAAAAAAAUGGACACACAUCGACCUAAUCAGUGUGCU